GAACUUUACUAUGGAAUAUGGAAUACUUUUAAAAAGGUUUUCUUAAUUCGAUAAAAAUGUAUUGAUAAUGAAAAGGAAUUUUAUUUUUAAGCAUAUUUCACCCCCCUUAAAGAUCCGAAGUGUUUUCUGUAACGCCCAUGCAGUUGACAGCUGUUAUUGAUUAGAAGAGCGAUAAAAAUCCAGCUUCACGCAAUUAUUGACUAUACAAUUGGUACUCGUGGAUUCCAAGUUAUCUAACAAUCAAUAGAUUGCUUAAAGUACAGUUAAGAACCGAUUAAGAAAGGUCCCCUUCCCAAAAAAACUUUAAUAUUUAAAAUAUGGCCAAGCUGGACGAACGCAUCGGCUUUAUCGGAGGCGGAAACAUGGCUUUUGCCAUCGGAUCUGGACUCGUACGUUGUGGGAUUGUUAAGCCAAGCCAAGUGCUUGCAUCUGGACCUCACAUCGAGAAUCUUCAGCGCUGGCGGGAGCUAGGAGCCACCACUACCGACGAUAAUUGCGAAGUUUUGGAACACACAGACAUUGUCUUUAUUUGUGUGAAGCCGCAUAUGCUCGGUCCAUGUACCACUCAGCUCAAAUGCAAGCAUGUUCCCUCGGCCAAGGACGCCAAUAAGCUUAUUGUGUCCGUCUUAGCCGGUACGAGUCUUCAAACUCUGGAAGAGAAGUUUGACUUCAUGGAUAACUCUGGUUUGAAAAUAAUCCGCACCAUGCCGAACACAUCCAUGCAAGUGGGCGAAGGCUGCACAGUUUAUACAGGAAACUCGCGGGUGACACACCAUGACCUGGAGAAGGUACACCUCAUGCUUAACGCUCUUGGACUGGCCCAGCAGGUGCCAGAGUCGAUGAUUGACGCCUGCACUGGAGUGGCAGGUUGUGGUCCUGCCUUUGUUUAUACUAUAAUUGAAGCUCUGGCAGAUGGAGGAGUCAAGCAGGGCGUACCGCGUCAAAUGGCCAUCCAGUUCGCCGCCCAAACAUUGCUGGGAGCAGCCAAAACUGUCCUGCUCACUGGGAAGCAUCCGGCGGUGCUACGGGACGAAGUUUGCUCUCCUGGCGGAGCCACCAUAGUGGGAGUACACGAGCUGGAAAAGGGAAAUCUAAGGGCCACGCUGAUAAACGCAGUGGAAAAAUCCUCGCAGCGGUCGGCUGAGCUAGGAAAGAAAUAGGUCUAUGUUUUGUGUCUGAUACCCAACCUUUGCUCUCUGGUAUUACAAAUACGGUGUUGAUAUUAAAUUACGAAUAAUUUACAAAUCGA